CUGAUCGACUCGACACAAAACAGCCGAAAGAAGCCAGCCAAGCAAGAAGCAAGCCGUGUUGCAGGCUGCUGUGAGAGUGUUGUGUGUGGUGUUUUCGAGUGUGUGUUGGGCUACGCGAGCCACGCUCCUCGCCUCGAUCGAACAAGCAAGCAAGCAAGCGAGCAAGAAAAAAAAGAGAACGCAUUGCAGCCAUGGCGCCAACAGCCGGCCAGAGCAGAGGAGAUGGAGGAGGACGAGGAGGAGCAACACCAAGACCAAGAACAAGAAGCGCAAGAACAACAAGAAUACCACCACCAUCACCAGCAGCAGCACAACAACAACAACAACAACAACAACAACAACAACCGACAACAACCGCGACAGCACGUCGUCGCCACUCGAGAAGGGUGCCAAUACUCUCCAUCUUCGCGCUCGUCGUCGUGCUCGUUGCGUGCCCGUUGUUUCUGCUGUGUGCAACGCAUGCCCACGGCGCACAGACGACGACAACGACGACGACGACGACGGCAGCGACGACGACGGCAGCGCAGCUUGGCAAAACCACGACGGCAGCAACAACAGCGCCGCCUGCGCCGUCAGAUCCGCUGCGCCGGUGGCUCUAUGAUCUCGUCAUCCCCGUGCCUGACAUCUCCCUCCCUGUGCCGUUGAUCGGCAAGUUCAACCUCACCCAGCUGUCGUGCACAGACCUGCUUCUCGGUACCAUCUCCUCCAGCGCAGACAACGGAACGCUGCGCGCCGGGUUCAAUGGCCUCAGCAUCCAGUGCGAUGGCGUGUACGCAGUCACUUUGCUCAAGCAGAAGGUCUCUGGCCCGCUCAAGCUCAUGCUCACCCCGGCAUCCCGCAUCGGCGUCGCCAUCGACAUUGUGUGGGACGACGACAGCUUGCCCUACGCCGUCGUGCCCACCACGCUCGACGUGAACCUGGCCACGCGCCUGAAACUCAAGGACGCGCCCGAUGCCAUCAACAAACUCCUCAACGAAAUUGACAAGGCCCUCACGCCAACCGUCAACAAGGAGGUGGAAAAGACCCUUCGGUCCCUCAUCGCCAACAACCUCACCGCCGUCGUGCAGCAGGUACACACAUGCAACGAUGCGGGCGAUGAUGAUGAUGAUGAUGAUGAUGAUGAUGAUGAUGAUGAUGAUGAUGAUGAUGAUGAUGAUGAUGAUGAUGAUGAUGAUGAUGGUGGUGGUGGUGGCGCGGACGACCUGACACACAGCCCGCUGAUUGAGGUGCUCUCGUCGUUCAUUGACAUGGGCUUCUACGACAACACCAUCAACACGCUGGUCGACGACCUCACCAAUGGCACGGGCACCAUCACCGCGCCCCUGACCAAUGCAUCUGUGCACGUGCCGCUGGGAAACCUCGGCAGCAUCACCCUCGCCGCCAGCGAGUUUGCUGUGGGCGGUCUGGACUCGUGGUCCAACCAGACAAUUGUGCUGCACCCGCACGACAACACGAGCCUGCUCUCCAACAUUGACCUGCGCACGCUCGACCUCAACGUCUCCGUCUCUGUUGUCGUCAACACAUCCACGUCCACGCAGCCGCUGAACGAGAGCGCCACCAUCGUCUUUGACCUCAACAACGUCGACCUCAUUGCAGACAUGUUCCUCGCCCUGGACGAGGUAACACUCGACGGCCUACCAUCCUCCCGCGUCCUCAACAUCGACUGUCUUCUCGCCGCAACAUCGGACGUCAACGUCACCCAGUUGCUGCUUGACUUCACGGUCGACCAGCUCGCCAUCCUGGCCGGCGCUGGCUCCACGGAGCAAGACAUCGACCUCCUCCUCACCAACACCAUCGAUGUGGUUGUUGCUGCGUACGAUAAGGCCAUUGGUGACGUCGUAAACUACGUGCUUAUGGAGGUGGUGCGCCCCGAUGUGAACGUCGCUGCCUCUGCCGCCAUCAACAACGCCACCUGCCCACCUGUGGCCAAGCCCUCGUCUCUCGACGCAUCGGCGCUCGCAGGGUACCUUGCCUCUGCUGGCACCAGCUUCAUCUUCAUCCUCAUUGGCAUUGCCCUGUUUGCCGUCGGCCGCAAGUACGCCAAGAGGCGCCGUCACCAGAAGCGCAAGCAGCAGCAGCAGCAGAAACAGCAGCAACAGGCGAUGAACGGCAACGGUGUGGGCGCUGGCAAUGGCAAUGGCGCCGGUGUUGCUGGCAGUCGCGCCGCUCGCCUCAGCAGCCGGGAUUCGUUUGCCACCUUCGCCGACGAGCAGGACGAAGGCGAGGCAACGGCACUGCUGGCCAGUCGCAUCGACCGCACGUCCUCUGCCGCCCCCUGUCUGGCCCUGGAGCCGACCGUGUCCACCUUUGCCCGCUACUCGGUGCCGCUCGUGCUGCUGGCCACCGUUGCCAUCUUCAUCUGGUCCAACAACAGCGUGGGCGCCUCUGUCAUCCCCGCCAUCACCCUCGGCGAUGAUGUGAUCAAGUUUGGCCCGCUCUUCUCCUUCGACCUCACCAACAGCGUGCGCGACAUGUGGAACGCCAAGGUGUACGCGCUCUCCCUCCUCAUUGGCGCCUUCUCCGGGAGCUGGCCUUACCUCAAGCUGAUGCUCAUGCUUGCGUCGUGGCUGCUGCCCACGGCAUGGCUCUCUGUUUCUCGCCGCGAGUUUCUCCUGCGCAUGCUCGAUGCGCUUGGCAAGUGGUCUCUCAUCGACAGCUUUGUGCUGGUCAUGAUGAUCGUGGCCUUCCGCUUCCACCUCGACAUCAGCAAGCUUGUGGACGAGCCCGGCCUCGCCUCCUUUGACAUCUUCGUCCAGCCCGGUCGCGGCAUCCACACCUUCCUCAUUGCCACCAUCGUCUCCCUCACCAUGUCGCACAUCAUCCUCCACAUCCACCGCACCGCCGUCGACUACCACCGCCACGGCGGCCGGCACUAUGACGAGCGCGACGAUGACGACGGCGAGAACCAGUCCCUCUCCCGCCACACGUUCACCGCGCAGACGGGCGAAAUGUACCGCUUCACCGUCCUGGGCGCCGUCCUCGUCGUCUUUGCGUUGCUUGCAAGCAUCGUCCUCCUCUCUGUCGGCACGUCCAUCGACGCGUUUACGUUUGAGUUCAAAGGCCUUGCGGCGCUGGCGAUGAGCCUUGACGGCGACGAUCCAAACCGCACCUUCUCCCUCAUCACCAUCGGCACCACCAUCCCAUCGUCCGUGGAGAAGCCGGACAGCUUUGGCAUUCGCUACAUCCAGGCCCUCUUCUUCCUGCUCGCGCUGGCGGUGCCGCUCGUCCAUCUCGUCGCCCUCAUCUGCAUCUGGUUCCUCCCGCUCUCAACACACGCGCAGCGCCACCUCUUCCACGCUGCGGAGGUCCUCAAUGCGUGGUCGUGCCUCGACGUGUUUGUUGUCUCCCUCCUGGCGGCUGUGCUUGAGAUUGGCCAGUUUGCCCAGUUUAUCAUUGGUGACAAGUGCGACCCCAUCGAUGCCAUCAUCAAGCCUCACGUCAAGAAGUGGCCGCGCUUGCGUGAUGACGCAAAGUGCUUUGAUGUGAAGACGGACCUUGAGUCCGGCAGUUGGGCGCUGUUUUCCGCAGCCGUCGUCAGCGCUCUCACCAUCUGGGUGGUGAUGCCACUGUGUCACCGCGCUGUUCGGGAGCGGUUGUACGGGCCCGCUGCUGCCCACACGCGCGACCAGCGCUUGCACACCGUCAACAGCAUGGCGGCGCUGUCGGAGGAGCCCAAGAAGUGUGCAGCGUGUACAUCGUGUGCUCCGUGCAUGCAUGCAUUUGAGAAGAUGCACGUCAUCAAGUACGAUGGCGUGCAGGCGUAG